CCCGCUGGUUACGGGCGUACCCCUCGGCAUCUUCGGCUGCCUGGUGAGGUUCUGAUUUUCUACCACCCGGACUGUUAUCACCCGGGAAGUCAAGUCCUAAUCCAAAUCCAAAUCCAAAUCCAUACCCAUUCCCUGAUACGAAGGCUGAGCCGCUGAGGUCCGCUCCAACGGGAAUCGCAAUCUCAGGAUCCAGCCGAGCUCCCGCAGAAACCCUAAUCCGUUAAUCCCCUCGGGCACGGGAUUCCCAUUCCCAAUCCUGCAUCAACCAGCUCGCCGCCGACGUCCUCCGGUCUUGGCCACCGCCGUUCGUGGGGUGCUCAAGCGCCGAUUUUGUCUCAUCUCGACUCUCGCCGUGUCAGCUAACUGCAGUUGCGGGGAGAAAUUUGGUCUUCGCAGGGAUGAAUCAUACUCAAAGCCCAAGAAUUGUUCGCGGCAGAGGUAGAAAUAAAAGGAAGUGGACAGCAGAAGAAGAUGAUGAGCUUGUCAAAGCCUUGUGCCAGGUAUCUACCGAUCCUAGAUAUAAGGUUGAAGGAGGGGGCUUCAAGAAUUGUUACUCUCAAGGCAUACAGAGCAUUCUUGCGCAAAAGCUACCUGGCCAUGGUAUUAAAGCCAGCCCUCAUGUUGAUUCUCGGUUGAAAGUGAUGAAGCAGAAGUAUUAUUCAAUCAAGGAUAUGCUAGCAUCGCCAGGCUUCUCUUGGGACGACACUAGAAAGAUGAUACAAUGUGAAAAACAACGAUAUGAUGAAUAUUGCAAAGAUCAUCCUAGAGCGAAGGGUCUGUAUGGCGUCCCAUUUGUAUAUUUUGAUUCAUUUGAUGCAAUAUAUGGCAAGGACAGAUACGCCGGAGAAGGGUUGGAAGGGUCUGAAGAAGCAAUUGCUAACAUGGAGAAUGAUGAAAAUACAAAUGAAGUUGGAGAUGACGAAGAGGAGGACGGGAUGUCCACAGGAGUAUCUGGUCGCUCCUUGGCUGCAACAUUAAGCUCUAAGAGUCAGAAGAAAUACAAGCAUGAUGGGAAAAGGAAUAUGACUGAAUUGAAUUGUCCGUCUCUGGACAAGUUCAAGGAUGUACAUGGUCAGUUUCAGAGUGCCAUUCAGCAUGUUAGUACGAUGGCAGCAGCAAUGGAGUUGUUCAAGGAUGUACAUGAUCACUUUCAAAGUGUUGUCCAGCAUGCUGGUGCAAUGGCCACAGCAAUGGAACGGUUCAAGGAUGCACAUGAUCGCUUUCAGAGUGUUGUUCAGCAUGUCAGCACCACAACAGCAGUGAUGGAACAUUUCAAGGAUGCUCUUGAUCAUUUCCAGAGUAUUACUCAGAAUGGCAGGGUGAUUGCAGCAGUGGAGUAUGGUAUUGAGAUACAAGAGAAGUCAAUGUGUGAAGAGCCCCAAAGGAAGGCCAAAGUAACAGCCAUUUCUGAAGUACAAAAGCUUGGCUUUACUGGAAUUGAAGUGGUAACCGCCGCAAGCAUAUUCGCAAAGGAACCAAACCAAAUGGACAUGUUUUUAGCACUGCCAGAAAUCUAUAAGAAGGAUUACAUACUCCAGAUGCUCAAUGGUGGACAAUCUAUCCAAUAUUCAGUUGGUUAGUCGGUAUUCUAGAGAACAAGAUGGCUAGGAAUUUGUGAACAGUUUAACAUGUGACAUUCUUCUAGGCUCCAUCCAUGUGCUUCAAUUAUUGAUGUGGUGUUAGCAUGUGUCAAGAUUUCGAAUACCCUUCCAUAUGUUUUCACUUUCUGAUGUGGUCUGUCUGCGUGUCAAGAUUAUUCUAACUUAGCUUCUUAGUGAUGCAAGAAUUAUCUGUACGGACCUUUCUUGCGGAAAGAAAAUUUUUAAUUUCAUCUAACUCCUUUCUCCAA